GACUGUAGCUCGUAAUUCGAUACAGAGCCAGACAACGAGUGUAGAUCGAAAACAAAACGGCCCUAUACAGCUGCGAGGCCGUCACCAAGACUCGUGUUGUUUAAAAGAAAGCGCCAAACGACACAAAGAACACGUAUAACCCGACGUCCCUCAGGGUUUUAGAUUAGCACGCGACAAACCUAAAAGCGAGAGCUCCGCUUUACCCCUGUCCCAUAGGGACAGUAUCCCAGCAAGCAAAACCGGCCCAGUGCAAAUUAUGUCGCACGAGUUCAUAUCAGGUGAUGCCCCAUCCGACGAUCCCAGCGUUCUAUCGGCGGUUCACUCGGCUUAUCUCUAAUCAGCGUCCGACUGUCUGGCGUCCUCCCCAAAGCCCUUUUCUGCGAACUGCCGCACUUGACGCCACUGAGAGCACAGCUGUAGAGCCGGGCACGUCGGCUCCCCACAAACAAUGCCUUCGAACGCAAGCGACGCUGGUGGUACGUCGACGAUCACCCUGGGCUACUGGGGUGGCCUUCGGGGCAUCGUCGUGCCUAUUCGCUGCAUGCUCGAGUACGCCGGCGUGCCUUACCGCUUCAAGACCCAUGAGUACAUCCGAGGCGGGACCACGCCGGCGGAGCGCAAGGCGCGCUGGCUGGAGGACAGCGCGGUCCUAGCGCAACAGGGGCUGCCCUUUCCGAACGUGCCCUACCUUAUCGACGGCGACGUCCAGCUCAGCCAGAGCCUGGCCAUCAUGAGGUACCUGGCCAGAAAGUACGGCCUAGACCUGCCAGACGCUGACCUGGGGACUGCAGCCAGGUUGGACAUGAUUGAGGCCCAGGUGAACGACUUCAGGUGGAGCCUCAUCUACUACUGUUGGGAAGACAAGUACGAGGCCCUCCGCUGGAACUUCCUCGAGAACAUCCCCGGGGAACUGUCCCGCUUCAGCCAGUUCCUGGGGAACCGCCGGUGGCUCAUGGGCGACAGACUCACCCACGUGGACUUCAUGCUGUACGAGGCACUCGACCAGUACGCCCUGUUCAGCGAGGGCUGCCUCGACGCCGAGCCCAACCUCAAGGCGUACACCGAGAGGUUCCGGAACCUCGAGCCCAUAAAGCGCUUCCUGGAGUCCAGCGACUUCAAGCCCUGGCCCGUGCUGCUGCCCAACGCAACGCGCUGGGGAGCGCAGGACGAACCACCCAAGACGCUAACGAAGAGCUGCUGAAGGCCCGUUUUGUAUAUAAUAGUGGCACGUCCGCAACGUGAUUUACAAUAAGGAACGAGAAAUUCUGCGCACAUCUUACGCAACAUUGCGCAAGCUUCGUGUUGUACUCAAAAUCGGAGACAGCCAUGUAUACUACGCGACAUCGGCUCGUUUUCGCGCAUCACUUCGAAAGGGUAUGGGUGGGCACCGAACUUACUCCGUUGGGUCAGGUAUCCAAAUGAGUAGUUUACAUCAUGCUAGUAGUUUCGAUCCCAGCCUUUCAAAUCUUAGAGAAAAACAGAAAAAAGAAAAUUACUCCCGCUUGUUCGCGCUAACAGUGUCACGCAAUGUACUCUCCUUCGAGACGCACGCGGAACACCGACUUUCGAGGAUAAAUCUGUCCAGUUUGAACGUCUGCGAGUAUAAAUAAAACCAUAAAACGAAA